UCCUUAACGGAUCAAACAUGGCGAGGAAGUGUAAGGGGCGACAAAAGAUCGAGAUGACUAGGAUGUCCAAGGAAAGCAAUCUUCUGGUGACGUUUUCAAAGCGGAGGUCAGGUUUGUUCAAGAAAGCCAGCGAGCUGAGUACUCUAUGCGGCGUGGAGAUUGCCAUCAUCGUCUUCUCCCCCGGGAAGAAGGUGUUCUCGUUCGGGCACCCCUGCGUGGACGCCAUCGUGGACCGUUUCCUAGCUCGGAGCCCGGCGGCAGCGGCGGCACCGACCGCCGCCGCCACGAACACCUCCCAGCUGAUCGAGGCGCACCGGAACGCCAGCGUCCGGGAGCUGAACGUGCAGCUGAUGGAGAUCCUGAACCAGUUCGAGGUGGAGAAGAAGCGCGGGGAGGAGCUGACGAAGAUGAGGAAGGAAAACCAGGGGAAGUGGUGGUGGGAGAGCCCCGUGGCGGAGCUCCGCCUGGAGGAGCUGGAGCAGCUGAAGGUGGCCAUGGAGGAGCUGAAGAGCGGCGUGGGGAAGCAGAUGGAGAAGUUAGUGGUGGAGGCUUCAAACCCUAAUCUCUACUUCGGAGCACCAUCGUCGUCUUCGUCGAGCUCCAAGGGUUUUGGGUUGUUUGAUGAUGCCAAGGCUUCUGGGCUUGGCCUCUCUGUCACCCCUCACCAUCUUCAUGGUUUUGCCAGCUUUGGCUAUGGCGGUCGUGGCUUCUUUUGA